AGCUUACCUGUGAGCUCUCACCUUAGCUCAGAACAUACGAUGAUGAGAGAAAUAUUCACGAAAUGAACACCAUUUCGUGAAUUAUAUGGAAUGAUAGUAAGGGCUACACCUUCCAAAGAACUUCAAAAUUCGAGCGGUUAGCGGCUUUCAGAGUCAACAUGAAAACCCUCACCCCUCGUCUAAGCUCCCUAUCGAGCAAGUAUAAGCUCAUUCAACAGGCCUAUCACGUGCGACAGCCACCCCUGGUAGCAGCAGCAGCACUUUCAUCACACAUAACCAGUGGAAGUAGCAGCAAUGGAACCAGAAGACCAUUCUCAGUCCUCAACCGGCCACCGCCAAACUACCCAGGCCACGUGCCCCUAACCCGACUCGAGCGCGCCGCCCUCGCCGUCGGGUCAGGCGUAGUAUCCUUCUUCGACCCCUACCGGCACGACAUGAUCGCCGCGCUAGGCGAAGCCACCGCCUCACCGUACUUCAUCCAGCGGCUGCACCGAGCCAUGCUCUCCUCCGCCACAGGGCGUCGUAUCCUGCGGGACCGACCACGGAUAACCUCCGCGUCACUGAACCUCCCGCGUCUGCGCGCGCUGCCGGCAAACACGGUAGGCGGGACGUACGUGUCGUGGCUAGACCGGGAGGGCGUGUCGCCAGACACGCGGGACGCAGUGCGGUAUAUUGACGACGCGGAGUGCGCGUACGUGAUGCAGCGGUACCGGGAGUCGCACGACUUCUACCACGCGCUGACGGGGCUGCCGAUCGUGCGGGAGGGCGAAGUCGCGCUCAAGGCUUUCGAGUUCGCGAAUACGAUGUUGCCGAUGACGGGGCUGUCGUUACUUGCCAUCGCGACGCUGAAGCCGGUUGAGCGGGAGCGGUUUUGGAGUAUCUACGGCCCGUGGGCGGUGCGGAAUGGGUUGAGGUGCGAGGAGGUGAUUAAUGUGUAUUGGGAGGAGGAGAUGGAGACGGAUGUGGAUGCGUUGAGGGCUAGGUUGGGCAUUGAGAGACCACCGGAUUUGAGGGAUAUUAGGAAGAGGGAGAGGGCGGAGAAGAAGAGGUUGAGGGAGGCGGCUGGUGCGCAGGUUUUGGGUGGUUAGGGGGUUAAAAAUCUGGGUUGAGUCUUAUGUGGACUAUAUGGAUAUGGAUACGGAUUUGAUAUGAGGAA